GAAAAUUUUACUCAAAUUGCCAGUCGGCAGGUGAGAGUGACAUAACCUUUAGGAGGAGGGACAUUAAUUUUCACAUAUGUAUCGUUGCGAUUAAAUGAUUAAAUAACUUGCGAUAUUCUUCUCGGAUUUCUCUCCAAACGUUGACAUUGCAAUAUGAACGCAUCAUCAAAUAAGAAUCUCGAAGAUGAGAUCGAAGAUCCUGUUGAGCGGAUGCUAAAGAAGACCGGUUGUAUAGAAUUGCAUUAUCAAGUUCAAGAAUGUAUAGCUGAACACCAAGACUGGAGGAAAUGCCAAGACCAAGUGAAAAAGUUUAGGGAGUGUAUGACCGAACAUACAAAACAAGAAUUGAGAUACAAAUAAUAGAUUUAUUUCAAAGAUGUGGUUAUUAGGGAGA